CAGUUGUAGGGAGGAGAGAGUGUGCACUGGGGCAGAAGGUAUUAUUACAUUAUGAUUUCAUAGCAAGUUAUUUUUUAGAUUGAGAAAAUUUUGAAAUUCAACAAGUCGUUCACAGCCCACAAUCUGGAGAAAAUCACCGAUAACAUGUUGGUCUUCUCUUCGUUGAUGUAAUUACUAUUAUAUAAUUUUCAUUUUCUUGAUACGGAGUUUUGUGUAUUGUCUCUCCCUUCACGUUAGGUGGUGAGCAAGUUGCUGUAUGAUUUAAAAAUAUUUUUAUGGGCUUCCCUGGUGGCGCAGUGGUUGAGAGUCCGCCUGCCGAUGCAGGGGACGUGUGUUCGUGCCCCGGUCCGGGAGGAUCCCACGUGCCUCGGAGCGGCUGGGCCCGUGAGCCAUGGCCGCUGGGCCUGUGCGUCCGGAACCUGUGCUCCGCAGCGGGAGAGGCCGCAACAGUGAGAGGCCCGCAUACCGAAAAAAAUAUAUAUAUAUAUUUUUUUAUGGUCUAGAUACUAUUCUAAUGUGCUAAAAAUGUCCGGAACCAGUGCCUAUUUCCGAAUAUUUUGCUUAUUCUCCGGCCUCUAUUAUAAGUAAUACGGUGGGGAAUCCUUGCAUUCCUGAUUUAUUUCCCCAGCUCAGUCCUCUAAGUGAUUUAGAAGGUAUGAACCUUUAUAAAGCUUUUUUUUUUUUGUCCGCUGGGGGCUUGCGGGAUCUUAGUUGGCGGAGCGGGAGGAUCCCUCGGUGGAGACCAAGGCGACCUGGCGGGGCGGAGCCGGUUCUGGAGGCAGCCAAUCACAAACCGCGACGGCGAUGCCACGCCCUCUUAGCGCCCAGUCUUAACAAGGGCAAAGGAAGGACCCCGGGAAGUCCAGUUGGGCCGGUGGUGACGCCUGGAAGGGCCCCGGGAGGUCCAGUUGGGCCGGUCCUGACGCCUACUGUUGGCUUCCUGAGUAUAAUAUUAAUACUUUGGAGCGCUCGGGAGUGGAAGGGACCCGCGUUCCGCUGUCUUACUCCUCCACUUGGCGCUAUCCUCGCGGUGGGCCCCGCAGGCCUGUGCGGCCCCUUUCAGAGACUCCCGGGUCGGACGCGUGAGGUCGAGGCUUUCUUUCGUCUCCGCGGACCGCUCUCCAUCCGCGCUCCGGCCACAAUCCAUGGCCAAGCAGUUGCUUCGGGGCGGCUUGACCCUGGCGCUGGGUGCAGGGCUGGGUGCAGCCGCCGAGGGCUGGCGGCGGCGGGCGGACGCACGGGCGGCGCCGGGGCUGCUGAGCCGGCUGCCCGUGCUGCCUGUGGCGGCGGCGGCCGGGCUUCCCGCCGUGCCCGGGGCUCCGACGGGCGGCAGCCCCGGGGAGCUGGCGAAGUACGGGCUGCCCGGGGUGGCGCAGCUCAAGAGCCGUGAGUCGUACAUGCUGUGUUACGACCCGCGCACCCGCUGCGCGCUCUGGGUGGUCGAGCAGCUGCGGCCUGAGAAUCUCCGCGGCGACGGCGACCGCCGCUCCUGCGACUUCCACGAGGACGACUCGGUGCAUGCGUAUCACCGCGCCACCAACGCCGACUACGGGGGCAGCGGCUUCGACCGCGGCCAUCUCGCCGCCGCCGGCAACCACCGCUGGAGCCAGAAGGCCAUGAACGACACCUUCUACCUGAGCAACAUCGCGCCCCAGGUGCCCCACCUCAACAAGAAUGCCUGGAACAACCUGGAACGGUACAGCCGCAGCCUGACCCGCACCUACCAAAAUGUCUAUGUCUGCACGGGGCCUCUCUUCCUGCCCAGGACCGAGGCUGAUGGGAAGUCCUAUGUGAAGUACCAGGUAAUUGGCAAGAACCACGUGGCAGUGCCCACCCACUUCUUCAAAGUGCUGAUCCUGGAGGCAGCAGACGGGCAGAUCGAACUCCGCUCCUAUGUGAUGCCCAACGCGCCUGUGGAUGAGGCGGUCCCGCUGGAGCGCUUCCUGGUGCCCAUCGAGAGCAUUGAGCGGGCCUCAGGGCUGCUCUUUGUGCCAAAUAUCCUGGCACGGACAGGCAGCCUUAAGGCCAUCACUGCAGGCAGCAAGUAAGGGCAGCCCCAGCCAGACUGUGGGGUCGGGGGGACUGGGUCGAAUUAAAGGUGUUCAUUUUUGG